AUGACAUCCUCUUCAGUCGAGAUUGCUUUCGCGCGGAAAACACAGCCGAACUCCUCAAAAUACCUAUCCGACCACGGUAUCCAGACUAUCGAUACGGCCGAAAUCUACCUUGGAAGCGAAGAGCUUCUCGGUGCCGCCAGCGCAGUUUCCCUAGGUUUCACCAUAGACACAAAAGUAGGGCAUGGAGCCGGGGGUUCAACAACACCAGCCACAAAGGAAAAUGUCAUCCGAAGCGGAGAGGCUAGCUUAAACAGACUGAAAACAAACCAGGUGGAUGUUUAUUAUAUUCAUGGGUUUGAUCAGCGUGUCCCCCUGAAGGAUACCUUGGAGGGGAUCAAUGAGCUCUACAAAAAGGGUGUUUUCAAGAGGUUUGGGCUAUCAAAUUUUUCUGUAGCAGAGAUUGAGGAUGUCGUUCGUAUCUCGAAGGAGAGAGGAUUCGUCUUACCAACCGUGUACGAAGGAAAUUACAAUGCCAUUAAUCACUUGAUCGAGAAGAAGCUUUUUUCGACAAUUCGGAAAUAUAACAUGGUGUUCCAUGCAUAUUCGCCCAUUGCCGGUGGGCUGCUGGCCAAGACACCCCAUCAGAUCAAGGAAGGCGGACAAGGGCGUUGGGACAUCAACACAUUCGUCGGAAAAUUGUAUUAUGGCAUGUACAACAAACCCAACGUUAUGGAGUUUCUGGAAAAGUUUGGUAAGAUUGCAACGACUAAAACUAAGUGCUCGCAGGCAGAGCUCGCCUAUAGAUGGAUUGCAUAUCACUCUCGAUUGAAAGGCGAGCUCGGGGAUAAGAUCAUCGGUGCUCGGUACGGGCCACAGUUGACUGAAGUACUUGAUGCUCUAGGACGGGGUCCGUUAUCCGCUGAGGUUGUGGAGGAGGUUAAUGGGUUGUGGGAUCUUGUCAAGGAUGACCCUCCAGCUGAACAUCGCACUAUUCUUGAAGAGUUGAAGAGGUCGGAUAUCAAGUAA